UUAUUUUUGGUAGGUAUCUAGUCAAGAUACAUCCUUCAUACUAAGUAAUUGUCUUUUACACUUUCAAUUUAUAUUUAUAGUCUACAUUUUACCCAUUAUCAUGACAAUUACUAGCUUUGACAGCAUUAUCAUUAUGUCUUUGGCUUCUGUGAAACUAUAAAUGCACCUCAAAUUAUACUUUAAUAUUUAUUUACACAGUACUACAGAAACACGACAGUAAAAUGAAUUAAAACAUUUAUGUUUUGUUGUUAGAUUAGGUAAUUAAUAAGUCGAAACAUCGAUCUGAAAUGGGACAUCGCCAUAGCAAAAACACAAAGAAGAAGAAAGAUAUAAAGUAUGUUUUAAUGCUAACAAUUACUUACACUACUUAUAUUACCUAGAGGUAUUUAGAAACUACUCCUAAGGUUAAUUUGUAUUUUUCUUAUGAUAGGACUAUGCCUUUAUUUAAUUGGCUUGCCUUAUGAAAACUUCUUUCCCAAGUCCCAAAAAAGUUAAGAAGCACUAGGUACCUACAUUAUACAGGUGCCUAAAUUAUUUUAAUAUUAUUAUAAAUUAUUUUCAGAGAGAAAAAAGAAGUUAAAUCAAAGUCGGUUGCACCCUCUAUUUCUUAUUUUACUUUGGUACAGUCACAUUUUUUACUUAAUUCUCGUACAUCGACAUCAAAUUAUGAUUGAUUACACACCUAAGUACCUACAUAGAUAGUACCUAAGUAGGUAGCUAACUUCAUUAAUAUCACAUUUCUAUAUGCUUUGUUUGGAUGGUCAAACAAACUUUCUUUUAAGCCUCAAAUUCCUUUUAGGUACCUAAAUUGCUUUUUACAGUGUUCACUAAGAGUUCAUUUAUUUAUUGUCCAUAUAGAAUAUCAAAUUUUAUGGUUUUCCAGUACAGAUUUUCGACAAAAUUGGAUAAAUUUUUGAUAUCGAUAUCAAUACUAGCCUCUUUAGUUGCUGGAGUCACACUGCCAUACGCUAUAACUUUAGUGGCGAAUGUGUUUCAAAAUAUGAUAACGUACGACAAGGCAGUGCAAGCAGGCACACAAGAUGACGAAGUGUUUCUUUCUCAAAUGCACGAAUUUGGUGUUACAUACUCAUGUGUUGGUGUCCUGCUCUUCAUUUGCGUGUAUUUGGGAUCUGCACUUAUGAAUGUUACGGCAAUAAAUCAGGUAUUUAAAAUCAGGGAAGAAUAUUUAACGGCUGCUUUAAAUCAAGAUUUUGCUUACUUUGAUAAAAAUCAAACAGGAGACUUUGCAUCGAAAAUGGCGGAUGAUGUAAUAAAAUUAGAAGAGGGCAUUGGUGACAAGGUGUCGUCCUUUACGUACAGUUUGACCACAGCCAUUGGUUGCAUCGUCAUGGCUAUGCUGAAAGGAUGGAAGCUUGCGUUGCUCUGUUUGACAACUGCACCUGUGACGUUCAUACUUGUAGGCAUAACUGGGCGAAUUGCAGAUCGUCUAUAUAAAAAAGAAGCAGCAGAGACUGGUCGAGCUAGUUCCAUUGCACAGGAGGUACUGAGCUCUAUUCGGACAGUGUAUUCUUUUAAUGGACAGAAGAAAGAGUUAGAAAGGUAUAAGAAACCUCUGGCUGCUGCUAAGAAGGUUUAUAUACAAAAGGAAUUUUUCACAGGGCUCUCAAUGGCAUUUCUAUUUUUCUGUAUUUUCUGCUCCUACGCCUUAUCAUUCUAUUUUGGAAUUUACCUCGUAGUUAAUGACCCAGAAAACUAUAACGCUGACGUUAUGUUUUCGGUAUUUUUUGGUGUAAUGACAGCUCUUGGAAACUUUGGUAUGGUUGGAUCUCUAGUACGGUCAUUUGGUUUGGCUCGUGGUGCAGGGGCUCAGAUAUUUAAUCUUUUGCAAAAUGUUCCUACAAUUAACCCUUUAUUAGACAGAGGAUUCAAACCGCACACAGCUGAAGGGACUAUUGAAUUGAAAAAUGUGGUGUUCCAGUAUCCAUCUAGACCGGAUGUGCCUGUGCUAAAAGGUGUCAGUUUGACCGUGAAACGCGGGCAGUCUGUUGCUCUAGUCGGACAUUCAGGAUCUGGGAAGUCAACUAUAAUUCAGCUUAUAUCUCGAUAUUACGAUGUGGUCAGUGGUAGUGUGUGUGUGGAUAAUAUAGACGUACGUGAGCUAUCAGUUAGAUGGCUGCGGUCUCAGAUUGGGCUGGUCAGACAAGAGCCGGUGUUGUUCAAUAACACGGUGCGCGAGAACAUUCGCUAUGGAUGUGAGGACGCUACUGAUGCAGAGAUACAAGCCGCCGCAGAGCAGGCAAACGCUCACUUUUUUAUUAUAAAACUUCCCAAGGGCUACGAUACGCUGGUAGGAGAGCGUGGUGCGUCAUUGUCCGGUGGGCAGAAGCAACGCAUCGCGAUAGCUCGCGCUCUGGUCCGUAAACCUCGACUGUUGCUGCUGGAUGAGGCCACAAGUGCGCUAGACACCGCCUCCGAAGCAAAAGUGCAGCUUGCACUUGAUAAGGCUGCGGAAGGUCGGACGACGCUGGUGGUUGCUCACAGGCUGUCUACAAUCCGACAUGUGGGUCUUAUAUACGUAUUCCAAGAUGGAGAAGUAGUGGAGAGUGGCACCCACGAGGAGCUCAUGGCAAACAAAGGGCAUUACUAUGAGAUGGUGUCGAUACAAGAACCAGAUAAUCUUGCUGCUAGAGAAGAACAAACUGUAUUGAGAGAAGAAUCUGGGGCAUCAGAAGCCAGCAAAGAAGAACAAAUGGUUGAACCGCUAGAAGAAGACGACUCGGACAAACUGCCCCAUAUCUCGUUCUGGCGUGUAUUGGCUAUGAAAUCACAGGAAUGGAAGUGGUUGCUGACGGGUACUGUUUGUUCUAUAGUCAUUGGUUUCUCGAUGCCACUCUUUAUUCUGGUGUUUGGAGAUUUAUUUGGGUCUAUGUCAGAAUCAGAUCCAAAUAAAUUAAUGGACAAAGUGAAGAAAGUUUCCACAAUUUGCAUACUCAUAGGAAUACUUAUGGGAACCUCAAAUUUGAUUGAAGCAAUAUCGUUCGGCAUCGCUGGCGCACACCUCACUGAAAGGCUGCGGACACAGAUGUUCGAGCACUUGCUUCAACAGCACAUCGGAUUUUUUGACGAGCGACGCAACUCAACCGGCGCUUUAUGUGCCAAACUCUCUGCUGAGGCAGCUUAUGUACAGGGUGCAACAGGUCAGCGCAUCGGUACAUGUUUACAAGGUAUUGGCUCGGUCGGGCUGGCGUUGGUGCUUGCCAUGCUGUUUGAGUACCGCUUGGGACUGGUCGCGCUUUGCUUCCUGCCCCUCAUUAUCUUUGUCGUAGUCCAACAGAUUAAAGCCACCAGAAGAGAAUCUUACGGAAACGCUAAGGCGUUGGAAAGUAGCACUAAGAUCGCAAUAGAAGCGGUGUCGAAUGUGCGCACGGUUGUGUGUCUCGGUCGGGAGCGUAUGUUCGUCAGAGAGUACGUGAAACAACUGGCGCCAGCACUCGCCGACGCGAAGAGAGCCGCUCACUGUCGCGGCCUCGUCAAUGGACUGUCGCGCUCUAUAUUUAACUUCAUCAAUGCUGCUUCACUUACCUAUGGAGGGCAUCUCAUAGUUUCAGAAGGAGUUGCUUAUAAAAAUAUUUUGAUAACCACCCAAUCGUUGCAAAUGGCGUCAGGUCAGGCGCAGAAUGCGUUUACAUUCACACCGGAGUUCGAGAAGGGUGUGAGUGCAGCCACUCGGAUCACAGUCCUACUUGAAUCCAAACCGGAAAUAAGUGAUCCAGCUACACCACUUGUCUCACCUUUUAAAUCCAAAGGCGAGGCGAGUUUAGAAGCGGUGCAUUUCAGAUAUCCGACUAGACCUGGUGUUCAUGUGCUACGAGGGUUGGACUUACAGAUAAAGAGGGGUAAAACAAUCGCUUUAGUGGGACGUAGUGGAUGUGGCAAGAGUACCGUCAUCCAGCUUUUGCAAAGAUACUACGAUCCUGAUUCCGGAGCCGUUUGUUUGGAUGGUAUUCCACUGUCGGGGUUGACUAUGUCGGACGCUCGCGCGUGUUUCGGGCUGGUGUCCCAGGAACCUGUGCUCUUUGACUAUAGCAUUGAGGAGAAUAUCGCGUAUGGGGACUACAUGCGCUCUCCGACUCAUCAAGAAGUUAUUGACGCCGCCAAGCAAGCUAACAUACAUAAUUUUAUCAUAUCUCUACCACAGGGUUACGAUACGAAUAUUGGUGCAAAAGGCAUGCAGUUAUCAGGUGGACAAAAACAGAGGGUGGCUAUCGCCAGAGCGCUCAUUCGACAUCCACAAAUCCUAUUGCUUGACGAAGCUACUAGUGCUUUGGACACUGAAAGUGAAAAGGUAGUACAAGAAGCGUUAGACGCAGCUACUGCCGGACGUACUUGUAUAACUAUCGCGCAUCGGUUAAGUACUAUCCGUGAUGCCGACCUAAUCUGCGUGGUCAAUAAGGGUCGCGUUGCUGAAGCGGGGACGCAUCAACAGCUUCUCGACCUCAAAGGACUCUAUUAUGAUCUCCAUGUAAACGCAAAAUAAACUAUUAUGAUAAAACCUCGUUUUAUUCUCACUCCAUUGUAUCAAAACAGUUGACUAAGUAGAUAGUUCAUGCGUGAAUCCGUAACUGAAACUUUUUAGUAGGACAAUCUCUACUGAGGUACAAACCAAAGAAACAUUAUUUAUGAAUAGGU